UAGGUUUUGUUGAAUACAUAAGCAAUAGAUUGUAGUUUGAUAGUUUCUCAGUUUUAGCUAUUUUGUUUUUAGCUUAUGUCUUAAAUUGUAUAUUCACUUUUAGCUAUUAGUGCCAUUGAAUUUUGACAUUUUACUCUUAGACAUUGUAAAAAAAAAAAUUUGCAUAUUAAUGAGAUUUUUACACACGAUCGAGAGUGGCCGGUUUGAAAUGGGGAACUGAAAAAAAAGCAAAUUGUUUAAAAGAGUGGAAGUAGAAUGAGUUGUAUAUGUAACACCGGACAUCUGCUUCUAUUUCGGAGGCUCCUUCACUCUUGCCUGCGUUAAUACUGGUCCGUUUGUUGAAAAUUUGACACCAGCCUUACUGGUGGCACAUCUACAGAAAAAUGGAGGAGAGUAAAAUAAGCAUCAGCAGUCUGAGUGAAGAAGUACUGAGCAGACUGGCCAAGAUGUUGGACAACGUCACCUGUGGAUGGAGGCAACUGGCUACGGCUGUGUCUGAUCACCCGCAGUUACACUACAGUGAAACUGAGCUGACCAGCUGCUCACUCCAGGUGCUGUCUGCCACAGGAAGUCCUGGGCGCACACUACUGGCAUGGUUGGCAGAACGCUCUUGCUGCGUUGACGUCCUGCUGCUCGGCCUUAACAGAUUAGACCACCAGGAAGCUGUACAGUACCUCAAGGCCUCAGUGGCAAAGAGGAUUUCAAUAACAGAGCAGCCACAGUCUCAGAUGGCUCCAGUGAAUGGCAGGGUGAUACUGACCUGCAGAGCUGUAGGUCCCCCAGACCUCAGCUACCAGUGGUUCAGAGGCAAAGAGGAGAUUUUAGGCGAGUCUGGGACAACACCAACAUUUGAUCUGUGUCCUUUCACUACGGGGCAUGAGGGACACUACAUUUGCCGGGUUAGCCAUGGAGAAAAUUUCAUCUUUUCUCAGUGGGCCCAUAUUCGCUUGGUUCAGUCUGCAGAAUCUAGUCCAGGCUGCAGCGGUGCUUUGUUUCCAGUGUCAGGGAGUGGGCUCCGGAUUGUCCACCAGCCUGUGUCCCACACAGUGUCUGAGGGCAAUUUCCUGCUCCUGAAGUGCACAGCAGAGAGCAACCAUCCUGUCCAGUAUGAAUGGUAUCAUAAUAUGAUGCCCCUGGCACAACAGCAGUCCAGUUCACUUAGAAUCCCAUGUGUGACCACGGAAAAUAGAGGACAGUACAAGUGCAGGGUGUUCAGUGUCAAUCAGGAGGCAUGGAGUGACACAGCAACAGUCAACAUUGGUCCAACUUCUGUCACUGAGGAACACUGGGUGGAGGUUGAUCGUGGUCCAGGCUCAGGGAAAGCCCACAGGUCAACCUUGGGACCAGGAAUGAAUCCAUUACAACAAGAGACCAGACUGAAAUUUACAUCCAAGCAGUACCAAGCAACAGACAAAGUCGCUCUGUUGAUCGGAAACAUGAACUACCUUAACAUGACCCAGCUCUGUGCGCCAAUCGCUGAUGUCCAUGAGUUGACCAACCUUCUCAGACAAAUGGACUUCAAGGUGGUUUCCCUACUUGACCUUAACUGUCAGGAGAUGCACAGCGCUGUCACAGAGUUCCUCUUGUUGCUCGACAAAGGAGUCUAUGGAUUGCUUUACUUUGCUGGCCAUGGUUAUGAAAACUACGGUAACAGUUUCAUGGUUCCCAUCGACGCACCGGCCUCAUUCACCUCAAAGCACUGCCUGUGUGUACAGAAUAUACUCACCAAGAUGCAGGAAAAAGAAACUGGACUCAACGUGUUCCUGUUGGAUAUGUGUCGCAAAAGAAACCCAAACGAUCAUGUCAUUGUAGAACCUGCACUGCUGAAGGUCACAGCAAAUAUAGUAUUUGGUUAUGCCACAUGUGUGGAUGCAGAAGCAUAUGAGGUAAAGAGGGAAGACGAGUCCAAUGGGAUCUUCAUCAACUUCCUUAAGAAGAGAGUUUGUGAAGAUGAGAAGGUCACAGUCAUGUUAGACCGAGUGGCUGAAGACAUGGGCCGGUGUGCAAUCACACGGGGCAGACAGGCUCUGGAGCUGCGGAGUAACCUGUCUGAGCGCCGGUCCCUCACUGACCGGAUAAAAUCCUCUGAAUGCUCGGUAUCUUCUUCAGCUCGCAACUUGCAGUGGGCAGUGGCUCAUGACCUACCUAAAAGCCGUUACCUGCAUUUUGAAUGUGGCGUCACUGCUCAACUUGGAUUUGCUGCGGAGUUUUCCAACAUCAUGGUCAUUUACACUCGGAUACUUCAGAAACCUGCAGACAUUGUUUCUUGCUUUGUUCAGCUCACAGACUUUCCUGGGGGUGUGGACAUUGAUCUGAAAAAGAGCAACCAGGAAACUCUGCUUGAAGCUGGCAGUUUAUUACUGACAGAGAAAGACCUCCCCUCACCAGACAUUCCAGGCCUUUACACCCGCAUCUGCAGCCUGCAGAGACUCAGCAGUGAGCUCACCUUUACCGUCUGUCUCCACUACACAUAUCCCCACAUGGAUGAAGAAAUAUUAGAAAGGCAGUCUGUUACAGUGGGUAAACCACUGGUCUCAAAACUCAAUCUCCAUGAACCAAGAUUAUCUAUUGGCUGCUCUCCAUGCCACAGUUUGGACUCUCUUAACAUGCCCAAGUGCUCCUCCUCCUUUAAGACCUUCACAUCUGUUGGUCCAGACCCCAGAUGGUCCUUCAACUUGCAAAGUGCUGGAGCAUCUACCACCUCAGAAUCUCUAACUUUAUCCAGGAAAACCAAUACACCAGUGGAGAGUGACUGCCUGGAAUGGUGUGAUAAUCCUAAACCUCUCGUUGAAACGAAAAGUUUAUCCCAGAGCCAAGUAGAUGACAUAACCUACAGAUUUAGUGACAAUUUUCACUCUUACUAGGCAUUGUAACAAUCAUUCAACAUAUAGUAAUUUACUGAUUAAUCAGUGCAUAUGUGACAUAGUACAAACUUUAGUGUUCUAGAGCUGACCUACUUUACUGUUUGUUGUCAACAUCCACUUUGAAUAGGGUUUGUACAAAAACACAUUGUAUGUGUAUCCUACACAGCUUUGCAACAUGGUGAUAUGUUUGUUUUAGAAUUAAAACAUAACCACAGAAAUGACUUUGACUUAUUAUUAUGUGUAUUACCCUUUAAUGUAAUUUCUCCUUAAAAUAAUUAUAGAUGUUUUUUGGCAUCCCUAUUUUAAGUGCAGCAUUAAUUUAAAUAACAAUUGAAAAUAUAUUUAUUUAAUUGUCAGAAAGAGGUAUCAUUUUAGGACAUUUGCUUUUACCUGCAUUUUUAUCGGUUUUUGUGGUGACUGCUGUAGUAGACAAAAGGUUUAAUCCUGGAUGGCAUACAACAAUACAUCAUGAAUCGAUUAAAAAUGGAUUAAAAUGCAUGGUGAUUCACAUCGAUUUAAAUAAAAACAAUAAUUACAAUGCA